CCAUCUCUCUCUCUCUCUCUUUGUUUCUGUCUCUCUGCACGACUUACAAAGUGAACAAAAACAGUAAUGGAAGAAAGAAACAACUGAUUGACAGACACUGUAACAAAGCAAAGCAAACUACACUAAUUUUAUUAUUAUUAUUUUCUGCUACAGAACAAGAACAUCCUUGUAGCAUUAUCUCUUUGUUGACGUCUCUCUUCUUACUUUUUCUUACACACAGAGAGAGAAGCAUUCCUCCCUCCCUCCCUUCUUUUUAUAGUAGUUUAAGUUGCUGACUGUGGUGUCUGUGAGUGCAGGCCAGCCAGCCAGUGUUAUAGGGACAUUCUUCUUCAUGUUCACCCUGUAGUAUCUGCUACUGCUUGCUCUUGUCUCUCACUCUGCUUCUCCUGUCUCUUUCUUGAUUAUUAUUCUUUCUCUCCGUGUGUUUCUGUGGUUUAGUAGUGCAUGAAAUUCUCUGCCUGAAAAUGGGGGAAGAAUCCUUAACUACUGUCCCUUUUGACAGAACUGUUGAGCAGGCAAUCCUGGCUAUGAAGAAGGGUGCACAUCUCCUGAAGUGUGGAAGAAGAGGAAAGCUCAAAUUCUGUCCGUUCAGGCUUUCCACGGACGAGAAGUAUUUGAUUUGGUAUUCUGGACAGGAGGAGAAACAAUUGAGAUUAAGCUUAGUUGUAAAGAUUGUUACUGGGCAGAGGACUAGGCAGCUUCAACCAGAUAAGGAGAAUCAAUCAUUUUCACUUAUCUAUACAAAUGGUGAUCGCGCACGCUCGCUUGAUCUGAUAUGUAAGGACAAAGCGCAGGCUGAUUCUUGGUUUAUAGGCUUAAGGGCAGUGAUAUCCAGGUGUCACCGUUCUAGGCCUAUUUGUGUCCUGAAGAGCCACAGAGGAGCACAAAGUUGUGUAAGUAGCCCAGCUGGGUUUAUCAGAAGAAAGCACCAUCUAGGAAUUCUGGAGGAUGACACUGAAAUGGCACAGGUGCGUAGCUUAAGCGGAAGUCCUACGCAGUCACUUUCAGAUAGGGGUAUUUCCGAUGGAUUGUCUCUUUCUUCUGAUAGCCUUUUUUUCUCAGGAUCAAGUCUUCCCCAGAUGCAAAAUGUGGAGGAUUUGUUAGUUUCGUACAUACCAAAUGUUGAACCACAGAAUCUCAAGAAGAAUGGAUCUGACACUGCUUUCUCAGAGUUCCAAAAGAAUACAUGUCAUAAACUUAUUGGUUUGAAUCAUGGAUCUCCACGAACCGAGAAAAAGGACAUCCUAAAGGAUGUUCUAAUCUGGGGAGAAGGAGUAGAAGUAGGAAAUAUAGGGUGUGUGGACAACCAGUUUGGUUACCACAAUACAAAGCAAGUGGAUGCUUUAUUGCCAAAAUUGUUGGAAUCCACCGUGAUGUUAGACGUAGCAAAUAUAUCUUUAGGAAGGAAACAUGCUGCCUUAAUCACCAAACGAGGGGAAGUUUUCUGCUGGGGUGAAGGAAGUCACGGGAAGCUUGGGCAUAAAGUUGACAUGGAUGUGAGCUCUCCAAAAAUGGUUGAAUCCUUAGAUGGUGUCCAUGUGAAAUCUGUUGCUUGUGGUGAUUAUCAAACUUGUGCUUUGACAGAUUCUGGUGAACUGUAUGCAUGGGGUGAGAAUAAAUAUGGUGCGAAUUUGGGGUGCGAGGAGAGAAGUAGAAGCCAGUGGUUACCACGUCGAAUUUCAGGUCCUUUGACUGGUGUCUGUAUACUGAAUGUUGCUUGUGGGGACUGGCAUACAGCGAUUGUGUCCUCAUCAGGGCAGUUAUUUACAUAUGGGGAUGGAUCUUUUGGGGUUCUUGGUCAUGGGAAUCUUCUAAGUGUUUCUCAACCCAAAGAAGUUGAAUCUCUUAAAGGUUUGUUGGUAAAAUCUGUUGCAUGUGGAUCAUGGCACACUGCUGCUAUUGUGGACAUCAUUGUUGACCGGUUCAAGUUUAAUGGUGUUGGUGGGAAAUUAUUUACGUGGGGAGAUGGUGAUAAAGGGAGGCUGGGGCAUGCUGACCUGGAGAAAAAGCUUCUACCAACAUGUGUCGCACAGCUUGUGGAACUUGAUUUUGCUCAAGUUUCUUGUGGGAGAAUGCUGACCGUUGCACUUACCAAUACAGGGAAGGUGUAUACAAUGGGAAGCUCAGUGCAUGGACAGUUGGGGAAUCCACAGGCCAAGGAUAAAUCGAUUGCAAUUGUUGAAGGAAAGCUUAAAGACGAGUUUGUUAAGGAGAUAUCGUCAGGGUCAUACCAUGUUGCUGCAUUGACAUCGAGUGGAAGUUUAUAUACAUGGGGGAAGGGGACAAAUGGACAAUUAGGAUUGGGAAAUGUAGAAGAUAGAAACUUUCCAACUUUGGUUGAGGCUCUGAGAGACAUGCAGGUUCAAAGCAUAGCUUGUGGGUCAAAUUUAACUGCCGCAAUCUGCUUGCACAAAUCUAUCUCUGUUAGUGAUCAAUCAGCUUGUAAGGGCUGUAGAAUGCCCUUUGGUUUCACAAGGAAGAAGCAUAACUGUUAUAAUUGUGGUCUACUGUUCUGCCGAGCAUGUAGCAGCAAGAAGGUCAUGAAUGCAUCUUUGGCACCUAACAAAAGCAAGCCUUCGAGAGUCUGUGAUUCAUGUUUUUACAGUAUGCAGAAUAUCACACAUCCAGUUGGAGUGUCAAAACUAGAAAAUCUUGGUUCCAAGAAGCUGCUGUCCCAACAGAAGAAGGCCUUAUCAGAUGAAAAGGAAGAAAGGGGCAGAGCAACCCCUCCAGGGCAUCGUUUACUGUUAAUGAGCCAGCCAUCUCUGGAAAUCCGACCUGGUGAGAGGAACACCCCGAGAAAGCAAGGGGAAAAGCAGCAACAUUUAGAAACUGUCUUUUCUAUUUCAGCUGGAUUGCCACAAUGGGGACAAGUGUCAUGUCCUGCUAUAUUUGAAUCAUGCUAUAUAAAGAAUUCUGAACUUCAUCUGGAAUCAAAAUCUUCCAUUUCCAGUUCUUUGAAUCUAGAAGAAGAAUUGAGUGAUUCAAAAAAGAUGCUAAUCGAAGAAGUUAAGAGGCUAAGAGCACAGGCUAGGAGCCUUGAGAUGCAAUGUCAAACUGGAUGCCAGAAGAUUGAAGAAUGUCAACUAACUAUAGAGAAGACUUGGUUACUGGCCAGGGAGGAAGCAGCUAAGCGUAAAGCAGCAAAUGAGAUAAUAAAAGCUUUGGCAUUAAGGCUUCAUGCAAUGUCAGAUAAAGUCUCAGUUAGGAAAGAAACAAAAGAUGGAGUGGAUCCGUAUCAGCCUCAGCCUAGACCUGACUAUACUGAUACCCCUACACUUUCUAGUGGAUGUGCUGUGUUUCCAUCAACUCAUUUUCCUCUCGAAGUUAGAUUUCCGAAAGACAGCAAGAUAGACAGCUUAUCUAACUCUCCUAUUGUGUUUUCCAAUACGUUGAAGUCCAUGGAUGGAAGAGAGUUGUGCCAUGAAGAUAGCAGACCAGAGGAAGAUGUACAUGACAUGAUGACUGAUCCUCGACGAAAUGGAACUAAAACAUCAAAGCAUGAAUGGGUCGAACAAUAUGAACCUGGUGUAUAUAUAACAUUUACAAUUUUGCCAAGUGGACUGAAGGGUCUGAAGCGAGUCAGGUUUAGCCGUAAACGUUUUGCGGAGAAAGAAGCAGAACGAUGGUGGGAGGAGAAUCAAGCUAUUGUAUACCAGAAAUACGGCAUUGAAGGAUACAAUAAAUCAAACCAAAAUCUGUCAAAGAGCUAAUCUUUGCACACUCUUUAUUAUAUGUUUACUUUAUAUUGGUCCUCACAAUGAAAAGGGCAGAACUUGUAUGAUUUUGCCAAGGAUACUUCUCUGUGAGCUCUGUACAGAUCCCAGAUUGGGUAUGUUGUCAAGUUAUUUUGCAAGAUGAAGUUUUUGCACAAGAGGUGGAAAGUUUCAUGUAGUUAAAGCUCCAUAUAGUCUCUAAGAACUCUCUUGUCUAAGCCAUCCUCUGUACAGUCAUCAAUAAAAAGCUUCUCUCACAUUUCUAUA